GAUCAUCUUCAUAAUUGAGUUGGUUACAAUUUGUUUUAUCAACAAUGAAAACCAUCACAAACCAAGAAACCAUCAAACCAUCAUCCCCAACACCCCCUCACCUCAACCGUUAUAACCUUUCAUUCGUAGAAUUGAAGAUGCCCAACAUUCACGUGCCAGCCAUCUUCUUCUACGAAAGCUACAACAAAGAUCAUGACGUCAUCAACAACUUAAAAAAAUCUUUGUCAAAUUGUUUAACAAAAUACUAUCCAUUCGCAGGUAGGAUCCCAUCACCGCCUGCGUGUUACAUCGAAUGUAACGACGAAGGAGUCGAGUUCUUGGAAGCUUCCAUCGAUCUUCCACUCCAAGAAUUCGUUCUCAAUAGAGACCCAGAUGAAACCUUAGUUAGCCAACUCGCUCCUAACGUUGGUUUCGGAAGUAACCGUUUGCUUGAGGUCCAAGUCAACCAUUUUUCUUGCGGUGGAAUUGCGGUGGCUGUUUCACUCUCACAUAAAGUUGCUGAUGGAUCUUCGGUGGCGAAUUUCGUUAACUAUUGGGCGACUGUUACACGUGGUGGAUCGCCAAUUAUAGAUCCAACUUUCAUUUCUUACCCCGUAAGAGAUAUAGGUACUGUUCAAGGUGGUCCGCCUAUGAAAUCACCAUCCAAAGAUAAGUAUUCAACAAAAAGAUUUGUAUUUUCUAAUUCAAAAUUGACUGAUCUCAAAAGCAAGAUAAAUAAUAUGUCGGGUGUGACUCCGUUGAACCCUAGUCGGUUGGAAUCAUUGGUAUCUUUACUUUUUAAAUGCGCGGUGAAUGCGGCCACAACCAAGGCUGGAGGCUCUUUUCGGCCUUCAAAGUUGAGUCUAGCGAUGAACAUGAGAGAAAAGGUUGCUAGUACCGCUUCUAUUAAUAACCUGGUAGGAAACGUCGUAAAUCUAGCCGUUGCAAAAAUGGCUAAUGAUGAUGACCAGCUAAACGAUGUGAUUACGAGUUUGAGGAAAGAUAGAAUGGAGCUGCAAGGGGGGGUAAUAAAAGAUGUUGAUGAAAAUGGGGAAAUAUUUUUAAAAAGGAAAAUGGGCUUAGUACUAGAUCAAAGCCAUCGGAUAUAUUCAUGUACGAGUCUAUGUAAUUCUCCGAUUAAUAAGGUGGAUUUUGGAUGGGGAAAGCCAGCGCGUGUGAUUAGACCAACUAAUAUGUUGGAUGCAGCUAGCUAUUUUAUUUUCAUGGAUACGGCUUCUGGAGAUGGAAUUGAAGCAGUAGUGAAAUUGAUAGAAGAAGAGAUGCAUAUUUUUCAAAAUGACAAAGAAUUCCUUGCUUUUGUCCAAGACUAGCAAAUUGAAUAAGAGUAGUUCAAUUGGGUGAUGACCCGGUCCACUCCAUGAUUCCCAUGUUUACAGGUCAUGUUUGCCUCUGCCAAGAUUUUACUAAUUUUUAUCAUGUGAUUUAGUAUGAGAGUUUUUUUUCAAUAUCCAAUCAAGUGCAUGUAGCACAAAUCAUGGGUUACCCACGAUUUAGUAAUUAACCGUUUAUGUUAUUGUUUUUUUAUGUACUACUUAAUUGUGAAAUGAAUAAGGCACAGAGUUUUAACCCCAAAUAUAAUAUAUUAUCUCUUGUUCUUGAUA